AUGGACUAGCAAUAUCCAGAAUUAAAUUUAGCUACUAAGUUUUUUAUAGAGAACAGAGAAUACGAAAUUAGAUGGAAUAAGUCAUCCAGACUAGAUGAUAUGUUUUAAAUAGCAUAGUUCAUUUUAAAUGACAUAUUAAAAAUUUACUCAACUGAUCAAGCGAUAGUUAAGGAUCACGAAAUGCAAGAAUAUGGACUUAAAGAUAUUAUUUCAUUUUAAGUUAGAGAAGUUUAUGUCUUUCUCCCUCAUAAGAAAGAAGUGAGAACAUACAUUAAGAAUGAUUAGAGAGAAUUUAGAUAAGUUUAUUACUUUGUUAGCACUGAAUAAGUCAAAAUUGAGAGAUUUAGAGAAAAACAUACUAGGAUAGAUUCAAUGAUUACAAACAUGUCAAUUAUAAGAAAGCAAAAUUAGUAAUUUGAAAACACUCUAAGAUAGAUAGUAGAAUCUAGAUUAAAUAACUUGUAAAUAAAUAAUCCUUAAUCUCCAAAUCUUUUCUUUGUUUCUGAACCAAGCAAAUAAGACGAUUUAAAUGAAAAAGAUGAUUAAUUAUCUCCUAAAUUUGGAUCAACUGAUACUAGCAGUUCAUCAAAAAGCAACUCAACAACAGCUUAGAAAGUUCCUUCUUUUGGCUAAAUUAACAACAACAAUAAUUUCUUAGGAGGAUAAAAAGACUAAUUAUUUGAUACCGAUGACUCCGACCUAAAAAAAAGAUAAAAAGUUGCUGGGUUAGGUACUUAGUAGGAUUAUUUGAAAAAGCAAGCACAAUAAAAGCCAGCUGAAAUAAAAGGUUAUACUAUGUAAGAGGUUGCUCAUCAUAAUACAGAAAACGAUGCUUGGAUUGUAAUUAAUGGUAAGAUAUACGAUGUUACUCACUAUCUUAACUAUCAUCCAGGUGGAAAAGCUAAGUUAAUGUUAGGAGUAGGACGUGAUGGAACAGAGCUAUUUUAAAAAUACCAUCCUUGGGUUAAUGCACAUUACAUUCUUUAAAAAAAUCAUAUAGGUUUUAUUGUUUUAAAAUGA